AUGUCCCGUCUGUCAUAUGCAUGUGACACACCAGCAAUACGGGAUCCAAAUACUAGUCUCACCUUGAAAUUUGAUGGCAAGUCUUUUCACUCACAAUCCAGCCUUCAAUUAAUGCUCAAGAAUGAGUGUCUGGCUUGCAGCAAGUCUGAUGCCAGUAUGGUCAUGCAGCUCAAGCACAAAAAUUCCGAAUUACAACACGCAGUCACCUGUCUACAAGCAGAUAGGGCCAUGCUUGUCAGCGAGAACACCACUCUAAGUACCAAAUGUGAAACUUUACAGAAUGUUAUUCGAGGCUCCACAAACUCCAUCACAUCAAAUUCAUCAGAGACCUCAAAUAAUACUAAAGAUGAGCAAAAACCAUGUCUAUUGGACACAAUCACGGAUGAAGAAUGUGAUCGAGAGCUAGAUCCCGAAGACUACCCACACUUGAGUACCUUCAGGACAAGCAAGGGAAUCCUGUCUCUGCUCAGCAUGCCAAGGCAAUCCGACAGCUUAUGCUAUCAAGCUUUUGUCAACUUGAGACGCAAGGUCUCGCACCUGAAUCAAUUGGUCACCAGUGAGAGCUGGCGAGAGUACAAAAGCAAGGCAACUGCACAAGCUCGUUCUUCUUCAACACAGCAGGCCGUCAACAGGGAGGAUGCGAUCAACGUUGACAAGUAG